AACACCGCUAAACAUACAAACACUAAACAGCUGGAGAUACUAGCAUUUUUUUAGUUGUAGUAAACAUUCACGUAGAAGUAGUAAUCGAAGCGCGUGGAUGAUUAUGGAUAUCAGUUUGAUAGACAUAGUUUCACUGCUUGCUACAGUAACGACGCUUUCGUUGGCUCUGACAGGGUUGCCGAUAUGUAAAAAAAUUUAUGAUCGCGGUGGAACACUAGACACAUCUGCAUUCCCUUUCAUUGCUGCUACGAGCAGUUGUAUUCUAUGGUUAAAAUAUGGAAUCAUGAAAGAUGACUGGACUAUGAUAAGUGUCAAUGCUGCCGGCAUGAUUAUGCAGUCAUCUUAUGUGAUCUUCUACUAUUCAUAUUGCAGUAACAAGCAAACACUGCACAAGCAAUUGCUUAUAGCAAGCUGCCUUGUGUUUCCAUUGCUCUUCUACACCAAGUAUAUUGUUAGUGAUUUCUACACAGCUCUAUAUCAGCUGGGCCUGGCUUGCUGUACAGCUGGCCUUAUCUUCUGCGCAUCACCCUUGGAAAAAAUGUCACACGUAAUACGAACAAGGAGCACAGAUUCAAUGUCAUUUCCAUUGUCCUUUGUGACUUUCUUAGUCUCCCUUGAAUGGUGGUUGUAUGGAUACUUGGUGCAUGAUUACUUCAUACAGGUACCAAACUGUAUAGGCACAUUUCUAACAUCAGUGCAAUUGGUCCUGUUCAUCAAAUAUCCAAGCAAGAGGACUGGCAAUCAUUUAAGUCGAAGUGCGAGUGAACCGUCCAUCAACAGGGCCGAUGUUUGAGCAACAAACUAUAAAACGCAAGUGGAUUCCCUUUAAAUUAAAAAUUAUAGGAUGGGUGCAUUAGACUGCAUCACCUAGAGCUAUGUUCAGGACCAGUUAUUUGGAUGCUGAAAGGUGUAGCAGCAUGUAGUCAUGUGCGUACUGUCAUUGUUCCUGCUAUGGGAGGCAAGUCGUGGAAAAGUGGGUGAAGCUUUUCUUCACUGACAUCAUGCACCCCUUGUUACAUUUUAAUAGUUACUAAUUUGUAGGUAAAGGGUGUAUUUUGAGAAGUGUGGCUGUACUUUAUUCCAUGUUCAGAAUUGCAUAAAAUAGUGCUCCUAACAAAUACAUGUAUUUUGUGUAUAUACAUAUAGCAUAUAUAAUAUUGAGAUGUUAAAGUGACAUAACUAAACAUAUUUAUUGUAUAUGAUUAGUUCAAAAUCAAAUUAAAUUUUAAGUAUCACAUAUCAAACAUGUGGUGGUGGUGCACACAUAGACAUUUUAAUGCAUCGUAUAUAUUUUUAUUGUACAAUUGAAAAAUAGUUAUUAUGAGGUUCUUGCUCACAUCCAUUAAAGAUUCUCGUGUUUGUUUUUUAUAUUGUGGCAGAAAACAUAUUUUUGUGUAUUAUUGCAAUGUGUAAUGGUGACAAUGUCAACAAGGUUUGAAUUACAUUAUAUUAGUUCGUUGCUAACUUGGUUUCGUUCGUGUUAUAUGAAAGAUGAGAUGGACAGUGAGGUUAUUGCAAACAAAUUACUUUGCAUACGUCGUAUGUUCGUGGUCUUCAUUCUUGCAUAUAAAUUGAUGAUGCUAUACGAGGGUGUGAUCUCAAAAAUGACAGGCAGUAACUGUGGCUGAUAGGGUCUAUGUCUCCCUGGGUACUGCCAGACCGUCGCCGCUUCCUGCCAACAAUCGGUCAAGGAGGUUCAAAACAGGGUAUACGGUUCGGAGUAGGUGGUUACGGUCCGGUAUACCAGAUAGUUACCAGGCUAUGGUCUGGCAAUACCCAGGGAGACAUAGACCUUAGCGUAACUGUGGACUUCUAUAUUGGCUUAUCGAGUUAAACAUAUUACGAUGUUGAGCAUGAAGGUCAGGGUUAAAAAACAGCGUGUUAAAUUGUGAAAGAACGAAGGAAAGGGCGUUAUUUAGUGACAUUUAUUUCCAUGUUCCAUGUGCGGAAAAGUUGGAAAAAGACCAGGUAUGUGUUAAAAUAAAGCGUUUAAUUUCUACAUUUGUAUUUCAUGUAGCUAAAAACCAAAUGACUAGAGCUUAAAUCACCUUUGCAUGGAGAGGAAUUCAAAUCAUAUAUCUUGCAGUGUCCCAUCGUGUACCUCUUGGGAAGGAUGUAAAUCCAAUGUUUUGGUUGAUGUCUGAGCACGCUAUAUUUUUGACAGUGAAUGUUGCUACAUUAUAAACCAUGGGAAUGAUAAA